AGGUGGCAUAUUUAAUGUGUCGGUAACAUUUUUAUAUUGAAUUUGAGAGUGGAUCUCAUCGCAUUGUUGUUCCGUUUUGCAUGCAUUCUUGUAAUUAAAUAUUUGUAAAAAAAUCGGAUCUGUUGACAUUAAAUGAAAGAUAGUGCGGAGGAAAUAAUGGCGUCUAUGGAAGAAGGAGAACCACCGCUUGCGGAAGAAAUACCAGCUGGAAACCCCCAGGAAUUAACAAAAAAUCCAACUGCUCUAAAAGAAGCUCAUGAACAAAUGGCAACCUUAGAUGUACUUGUGUGUGGACAGUGCCACUCAGCAUUCCAUUUUGUUGAUGAGUUUAAGGAGCACAAAGAUGCAAAUAACUGCACUGGAAAAUCUCCUGUUAGAGAUAGUAAUGAGAGCAAGUCGCAAGUGUGGGCAUUCCUCUUAUGGAAGUGUUCAUCCCGUGAUGCCACACAAAGCUCAGGUGACAACAGCUGGAAACUGUACCAGCAGUGGUGUCGAAUGCCAGAAGCACAGCGCACUGCAUGGAUCACGGCGGGGUCGAAUGUGCAAUCUUUGUCUAAGUUUUCACAUGCUAAAGUUAUGGAAUUAAAGUCAGAUGAUCAGCUUGUUCCAGUUCAAAAUACUCCAGGUGAAGUGAAAAGAAGGGGAAGACCCAGAAAAAUAAAACAAGAAGAUACUGAACCGCAACCAUCUGGAGAAGAAAGUGAUGAUAUAAAAACAUCACAGAAAACUCCUAAAUUAUCAGUUUCAUCUCUUGCAAAGGCAAAGGAGGACACGGAGAGCGUGCGCGGCGCGCAGGAGCGCGUGCCGGCGGCCGAGCGCAUCGCGCGGCGCACGGAGCGCGAGGCGCCGCCGGGCGCCGCGCCGCAGGAGUUCGUCGUCGAGAAGAUACUCGCCAAGCGGUUCAACCCGCGCCGCAAGCACUACGAGUACCUGCUCAAGUGGGAGGGCUAUCCGCAUGAACAGAACACAUGGGAGCCAGUAGAAAAUAUGGAAACUUGCAAGCACUUACUCGAGGCAUUUGAAAAACAAUUGGCACGGCAAAAGGAACUGAAGGCAUUAAGAGCUCAACAACAAUCACAGCAUCCAGUGCAGGUGAAACAAACGAGUACACCAUUGCCACAAGUUGUGAAACAAUUAGUGAAGAAAAAUGACACACCAGCAUUAACACCGACAGGUCGUCUACAACGCAGUAGCAAGGCACGCGCGCUAGACCAAGUGAAGGCGUGGUGCGGCGGCGCCGACGACGAGCCGCCGGCCAAGCGCGCCCGACAGCUCUCUGUCGACAACGACUACUCUGACCCCGAUGAGCCUAAAGUGGAAAAAAGUAUUCUCAAUGGCCAAUCAUCUCCCAAGUCGAAUGUGGAUCCUGAGUUAGUGAAGACACUGGGAAUUGGUGGGAAGGGCAUGCCUAACAUUAAGGGAGUUAUCAAAGUAGACCCAAAGCAUAUGCCUAAUUUGAGCACAGGUGUUUACAUAAUGUCAAAGAGUUCUGGCAUUAUGAAGAUUGAUUCACCUGGAAAAAUUGGUCCUGGCCUUAGUAUAGACCAAGAAGUUAUUAAGAAGCAAAUAAUGGCUGCUAAACAGAAGAAGAUGGAAGAAAAUAAAAGACAAUCACCAAAUACACCAAUUACACAACAGGUCAAGAAAACAUAUGGUCCUGCUGGACAGCAAGUUACUGAAAAGACAAUAAUAACUCCAUCAGGACAGAAAAUCAUUCAGCGGACAAUUCAGAGGCCGUAUGGCGUACAGUCUGAUGGAAAAUCGCCUGUCACUAUACUCAACAAGAAAUUGGCACAAUCGCAAGGAGACAGUUUGCUGCGACGCGGCGGCGCGGCGCGGGGCCGCGGGCGAGGCGGCUUCGUGUCUUCGCCCUCCACUCUCAUGCGUAUUAAGGAGAAGGCAGUAUCCUUCGAUUUCGACAAGGUAUCUUGGGACACGUCCUCCGAGUCGUCGGACGGCGUGGAGGACCCGUUCCCGCGCGAGCUGGGCCCGCUGCCGCCGCCGAGCCCCGAGCGGCCGCUGACGCUGUGCCCGCAGACGGGGCGGCGGCUGGCGCGCGCCGAGAACGAGCCCACGCCGCCGCCCACGCCCUCGCCGCCGCCCUCGCCCCCCACCCCGCCGCCCACCUCGCAACCGGCCACUAUGCUCAUGAAGGUGGAAAUGUCACCGGGUGGCACGACCGGCAUGUUGGUGCAGGGCGAUGGAGCGCAGCCUUCCCUACCCAUGCUUACUGAUGAAGAUGGAACGGAGGUGAAAGUAGAAGCAAGUGCCGUGAAGCAGUUGUUAGAAGAGGGUGUUGGCGUCGAUGACAAUGAAGAAGUUAGUCUCUUACACGCUGGUCAUACACCCAUCAUGAUUCGGGGAGAGGAUGGAGUUCUUUAUCAGGUGGCCGGCGAGAACGAAGCGGGCCAGACGCUGCUGGUGGCCGCGGAGGGCGUGGAGGCGGGCGUGGAGGGCGUCGAGGGCGCCGUGGAGGGUGACGGCGAGGGCGUCAUGUAUGUCACGAGGGAGGACGGACAGACGCUACUAGUGUCGACGCAAGGCGUGCAGGGCACCGUGGAGGGCGUUGAGGGCGCAGCCGACGGCGACGGAGAGGGCGUCACUUACGUCACCAGGGAGGAUGGACAGGACGUGCUGACGAUCGACCCGGCGCAGCUGGCGCAGCUGAUGCCGGGCGGCGAGGCGGGCGCGCUGCAGCAGGUGGCCGUGCAGGUGGAGGGCGAGCCCGGCGAGGACGCCACGCAGGUCAUCGCGCAGCUCGUGCAGGCCGACCUGCCCUCGCCCGGUGGCACUCGGCGGGUAGUUCUCCUAUUACCAGAUGGGAGCUUCACAAUGACUGAACUCGACAAGGAACAGUACGAGUCCAUCACAGAAGCGAGUAAAGCACAAGAGUGAAUGACUGAUAGCUUAAGUGUAUAGUUACUGCCCAGUCUAAGACUUAGGAAUUAAUGGCCCCAAGCCCUGAGGAAUGGGGGGAAUAACUUGAAUUAUAUGCAUACAAAUGUUGGUUGUAUACCAAAAGUACCUAUAGGAUAGACAAUUCAGUUCAGUAGACCAGAUUGAUUGUAUUUGUUUAUGACUGAAUUAUGGUGAAAAGUUAGGUUUUGUGUGUUUGGAUAAUUUAAUUUUUACAUGAUGGUCUAUUUAAUCAGUACUGAUGACUGUUAAAGAUUUAUUGAUUUUUAAUCGCGAUCCAGACUAGUAUGUAUUGUAUGCGCAAACGGACACAAAUGCGAAAAAUAAAUACUAAUUAAAGAUUGAUGUAAAUGUAAUUGUUGUAUAUAUCACAUUUUUCGGAGAUGGUUUCCAUUGUCACUAAUCGUCGGUCACUUUGAAUGCAUAUGAUUCAGAUUUUAUGAAUAAUUCAAGUUUUAGAACGAGAGUGAAGGAAAACAAAACAUGACCUAAGACUUGUGUUACUUUAUAAUAAAAAUAAACCACGGUUAAAGUAAUUCCACAUUGGAGCAAAAUCCUAGGAACGUUUCAUUAAUAUGUACACUCAUGUCAUAUCAAUUAAAUUAAAUAUGAUUUUGUGCGUACGUCGAUAUGAACUUUGGAGUGUGAAAAAAUCCUUCGCCUAGUAGUAAGCGUAACGUUUUGUAUUGAUUUUGAAAAUUUUCGUGAUGACAUAAUAAACACGAAUGAACAAGGAAAUAGAUUGAUUUAUUAAACUGUGUUCAGGUUUAUGUUCCCACACUCUUGUUCUUAAAAUGCAAGAAACUCCUUACAUAUUUAUAGACCAAUAAUAUGCCUAGAAUCUAGGCCAGGACCUAGAUUAUAGAUGUUAUAUGUACUACAGUUUGCAUAAAUGAAGAGCACUAUACAUCUUAUUAUUUUUUAAAUUUAGGGAAUUGCAAUUGUGAGGGUUAUUUACUUUAUUUUAUUAUUAAGAAUUUAUUUCGCAAACUACGCAUACAUGUAGUGGUAUAUACAUUUUUUUGAUACUUUUACUAGACCAUUACAAAAACAGCCCUUAAAGCCUGUCCUCUAAAGAGGUUCCUAAUAAGUACAAAGAAUCCAAUAAAACGGUACUCUGUAGCCUAGCUUAGUUUAUGCAACAUAAAAGCCUUUAGAAAUUAUCACAUAGUAAUUUCUUAUAAAUAAGCGAGUCAAGUAUAGAAUAAAUAAUUUAAUAUAGUGUUCUUCAUACAAUAUGUUGUGUAUAUUACAUCUAUGUGUGGUGCAUUUAGAGUGAAUGUGAGUAUGAAAGUACUUUUAGUAUGGAAACAACGACAAUCAUAGGUCCUCCGCCUUUUUAAUGUUGUAGUUAUAAAAUAAGAUGACAUAUUUAUACAUAAUAUCUUUUUAAAAAUUGAAUUUUACUUACAUUCUAUUUUUGUUUGAUGGAGCUUAAACACGGGCACUAAUUAAAUAUAAAUAAGAAUGUUUUCAUAAGUAUAGGUUCAAUAGUUUGUUUAAUGUUAUGAUUAAUGAUUUUUGAUAAACAAAUUUAUACAAAAAGUGUUCCUGUUGGAAUAAAUUUGUUGUAUUCUAAAUAAACGGCGUCACCAUGCACAUGAAUUACAUGUAUUGAUUAAUAUUGAAUUCAAACCCUGGAUAAGCACUUAUCUUUAUCUUACAUGAUAUUGUAUUAUUCUUGUUUUAACAGAUUCGCAUAUUAAAAUUAUUUAUUUCUAUAAAGAUUUUAAUAUUAUAUUUGCGGUGUUCAACUUUCUAUGUUAAUCUGUGAAUUUGCUUCCCUGAUCUUUAAAAUAUAGUUAAAUAAAUAAGCAGCAUUAUUUAAGAAAAGAAUCUUAAAUUAAGUGAUAAUUAGAUACAAUUCGAUUGUGUUCUUAGAAUAAAUUUAAUUGUGCUCAGAAUUAGUCGAUUGCGACACGGGAAUCUAGAAACCUGUUAGUCAAUUUACGUACAACUUUUUCCCCACGAAAAGAUAGGAAUAGAAGCCGAUUUUCCGUACUUUAAAUAGUUACGGCUCUAUGAAAGUAAAUUUCGACAUAUGAAGUUACAACUGUGUAAAUAUGUAGUGAUUAUUACAACAUAACAACAUUG